AUGGCUCUCUCUGCUCGCUGCGGGCAGCAGGCAGCCUCUCUCCUUCGACAACGAUGUCUCAUUGAAUCCUCACGCGCAGCCACUCUCCGCUCCUUCUCUACCUCUUCCCUCGCCAAAAUCCCUACCUCUUCUCGAUCAGUUACCUCAGCCGCUCUUCGCCUAAAACAAAAUGCUCUUAAUUCGUCUCUCCGAUCACAACAAUUGCGGUUGUUUUCCAGUUGUCUGCACAGAUUGGCCUCCGAGGCUCCGCCAAAAGCGGAAUCGUAUUUGGCCAGUGGUGCGGUCAAUUCGUCGCCUGAUUUGGUCGAUGUGAAGAAAGUGCUGGUCAUUGGUAGUGGCGGUUUGAGUAUUGGCCAGGCUGGAGAAUUCGAUUACUCUGGUUCCCAAGCUCUCAAAGCCCUCAAAGAGGCCGGCGUCAAGUCCGUCCUCAUCAACCCCAACAUCGCUACGAUUCAAACAGACCACAAGUUGGCCGACGAAGUAUACUAUCUCCCAGUCACGCCCGAAUAUGUGACUCACGUGAUCGAGCGAGAGCAGCCCGAUGGGAUCUUCCUCAGCUUUGGCGGUCAGACCGCUCUCAAUUUGGGUGUCCAGAUGAAUCGCAUGGGUAUCUUUGAGCGAUACGGCGUCAGAGUGUUGGGAACUAGCAUCCGAACUUUGGAGACUAGUGAGGACCGUGAUCUGUUCGCCAAGGCUUUGAAUGAGAUCAACAUCCCCAUUGCGGAAUCUAUUGCUUGCAAUACUGUCGAUGAAGCUCUGGAAGCUGCUGACAAGAUCGGGUACCCCAUCAUUGUUCGGUCCGCGUAUGCUUUGGGCGGUCUCGGAUCUGGAUUCGCUAGCAACCGUGAGGAAUUGAAGAAUUUGUCUUCGCGAUCGCUCAGUCUUGCGCCUCAGAUUUUGGUGGAGAAAUCCCUCAAGGGCUGGAAAGAGGUUGAAUAUGAGGUAGUUCGUGACGCAAAGAACAACUGUAUUACUGUUUGCAACAUGGAGAACUUCGACCCUCUUGGAAUCCACACCGGCGACAGUAUUGUCGUUGCACCCAGCCAGACCCUUUCCGAUGAGGAAUAUCACAUGCUUCGUACCGCUGCUAUCAAGAUUGUCCGCCAUCUUGGUGUUGUGGGAGAGUGCAAUGUUCAGUAUGCUCUGCAACCAGAUGGUCUAGACUACAGAGUCAUUGAGGUUAAUGCCCGUCUGUCUCGUUCUUCGGCUCUGGCCUCCAAGGCGACUGGUUACCCAUUGGCAUACACCGCGGCCAAGAUUGGAUUGGGGCACUCUCUUCCCGAAUUGCCUAAUGCCGUCACCAAGACUACUACUGCCAACUUCGAGCCCAGUUUGGACUACAUUGUCACAAAGAUCCCCCGAUGGGAUUUGAGCAAAUUCCAGCACGUCAAGCGUGAUAUUGGAAGUGCCAUGAAAUCUGUCGGUGAGGUCAUGGCUAUUGGUCGUACAUUUGAAGAAUCGUUCCAAAAGGCUAUUCGUCAGGUUGAUCCCCGAUUCGUCGGAUUCCAGGGUGAUCACUUUGAGGAUCUUGACGAGACACUCAGAAACCCAACUGACCGCCGAUGGUUAGCUGUUGGUCAGGCUAUGCUUCACGAGAACUACUCCGUCGACAAAGUACAUGAGCUGACCAAGAUUGACAAGUGGUUCUUGUACAAGCUUCAGAACAUUGUCGACUGCCAGAACGAGCUCAAGGAGAUCGGCAGUCUCUUUGGUCUCAAGAAGGAGAUUCUUACCAAGGCCAAGAAAUUGGGUUUCUCUGACAAGCAGAUUGCCAUGUGCGUUGGAUCUACAGAAGACGAUGUUCGCGCUCGCCGAUUGAGCUUCGGCAUCCGACCAUGGGUCAAGAAGAUUGAUACUCUUGCUGCUGAGUUUCCUGCUGAUACCAAUUACCUCUACACUACGUACAACGCCUCUUCCCACGACGUCACCUUUGAUGACCACGGCACUAUCAUUCUUGGCAGCGGUGUCUACCGUAUCGGUAGCUCCGUCGAGUUCGACUGGUGUGCUGUCAACGCUACCUUGUCUUUGAGAAAUAUGGGCAAGAAGACUGUCAUGAUCAACUACAACCCGGAAACCUACUCGACUGAUUUCGACACUGCCGAUAAGCUGUACUUUGAAGAACUCAGCUACGAACGUGUUAUGGAUAUCUACGAAUUGGAAAACGCCAGCGGCGUUGUUGUCUCUGUCGGCGGUCAGCUUCCUCAGAACAUUGCCCUUCGCUUGCAAGAAAAGGGCGGCGCUCAUGUUCUCGGUACUGAUCCAGCUGAUAUCGACAAGGCUGAGGAUCGUCACAAGUUCUCUCAAAUUCUGGACAGCAUCGGUGUUGACCAACCUGCCUGGAAGGAACUCACGUCUGUCUCUGAAGCCGAGAAGUUUGCCGAAACUGUUGGAUAUCCUGUGCUGGUCCGUCCCAGUUACGUUCUGUCCGGUGCUGCCAUGAGCGUCAUAUACAGCCAGGAUGAAUUGCAUGAGAAGCUUCUCAAUGCCAGCUCCGUGUCUCCCGAUCACCCCGUUGUCAUUACAAAAUUCAUUGAAGGUGCUCAAGAAAUCGAUGUUGAUGCCGUCGGCUCUAAUGGAAAGUUGAUCUUGCACGCUGUCAGUGAGCACGUCGAAAACGCCGGUGUCCACUCUGGUGAUGCCACUCUUGUCCUGCCCCCAACAUCUCUCGAGCAGUCCGUGAUGGACCGCGUCAAGGAAAUCGCCGAAAAAGUCGCCAAAGCAUGGAACAUCACCGGACCCUUCAACAUGCAAAUCAUCAAGGCUGAUAAUCCCGACGGUGGCGAGCCCCUGUUGAAGGUCAUUGAAUGUAACUUGCGUGCCUCCCGAUCAUUCCCCUUCGUCAGCAAAGUCCUCGGCACAAACUUUAUCGAUGUCGCAACCAAAGCCCUCGUUGGCCGUGACGUGCCCGAACCCGUUGACCUCAUGACCACCAAACGCGAUUACGUCGCCACCAAAGUACCCCAAUUCAGCUGGACCCGUCUCGCUGGCGCCGACCCCUUCUUGGGCGUCGAAAUGGCCAGUACCGGUGAAAUAGCUUGUUUCGGCAAGGACCUCGUCGAAGCCUACUGGGCUUCAUUACAAUCAACUAUGAACUUCCGUCUUCCUCAACUCGGUGAAGGUCUCUUGUUUGGCGGUGACUAUAUCGAUUCUCUAUCUAAGAUUGUGGAGUAUUUGCAACCCUUGAACUACAAAUUGUACGCUGCCAGUCCUGAAGUCAAGGCUCAAUUGGAGUCUCGCGCCAAGAAUCCUAUCAAUAUUGAAGUCAUUGAAUUCCCCAAGGAGGAUAAACGUGCUCUCCGUGAAGUGUUCCAAAAGUACGAUAUUCGUGGUGUGUUCAACUUGGCCAAGCAUCGUGGUAAGACGUUGUUGGAUGAGGAUUACGUGAUGCGUCGGAAUGCGGUGGAUUUUGGUGUGCCGUUGUUUAUGGAGCCAAAGACUGCCGUCCUCUUCGCGCAAUGCAUGAAUGAGAAACUGCCCAAGGAAGAAGGAAUCCCAUCCGAAGUACGAAGCUGGUCUGAUUUUGCAGGUGGUAAAAUGAUGUAAAAAUUAGUCUUGUUUAUUUUUGUUGUUAUUGUUUAGAAUCUGUUAUAAUGUUUAUACCAUUCAAAAGAUGUAGGAAGGAAUUGAUUAUCUCCAUUUACGAUCAGAGUUUUAUAUUCCCCAAUUCUUCAAUAUCCGUCUGGCUCUGUCACAUAUCCCAGCCAUAUCCUUCCUCUCAUUCAACGUCUUACUAUCCACAAUCCCUUUCAGAAUUUUACCUACCCCGGUCGUGGUAAUAAUAUCAUCCGAGGCAAUUACCACUUUCUCCAACUCAUCCAAUUCCGCAACUCCAUACGCUACAAUCUCCGCAUCAAUCUUUUCCUCUUCCUGAUUCUCAACUGGAUCCAAAAGCCAUUUCUUCAAUCUGCGACAUAUCGCAGCUAUUGUUCUCGUUGCUUCUGCUUCUUCCCGUUCAAGUCGCGGCACGAUAUUCAGCUCGUUCCCGCUCCCGCCGGGCUUGAACCCAUUGCGAUAUAUCAGCUAGACAGGCUUCUCUGUCAAAGCCACUCAGAUCAAAGUCUGAGUUAUCAGAGAUAUAACGACCUGAUACCCGCCACUCGUAGUUGGGCAAGGGCCAGCCGUGAGAAACGUAGAUUUGGAUUAUUUGGAUUAUUUCUUCGCGGUUUUUGAGAAACCAGGGUUUGAGGUAGAGGGUUGUAUUGUUGAUACGGUCUUUGUCGAGGGGUUGGGCGAAUCUGUGGAGGAAGCUCCUUGAUUUUGAAUUUUCCGAGACUGGAGGUGGUGAGGGAGGGGUAGGGAUAGGUUGUUGAUCGAGGGAAAGGGAUUGGAGUUCUUGAUUGACCUCCUCGAUUUCAUCAUCGUCAUCCACAUCCAUAUCCGAGUCUUCCUCAGACUCAGAGCCAGAUUCAUCCGGAACAUAAUCCUCAUCCUCAUCCUCGUCGUCAUCAUCAUCAUCCCGUACAAAACUCUCCUCAUACAACAUUCUCGGAUCCUUCACAAACCACUUUCCUGUACCAUUAAAAACCUGCAAAUCCGGAACCAACAAGAACUGCAACGUCAAAUGUCUCCAUCUCCAUAAAUCAAAAUAUUCAUCCGCCGGUAGCACACUAUAAGCCGUCCAUCUCUUGUCGGGGGGUAGAGCUUCGUAGGCAUCGUAAUUUAUUUCGAUACUUUCGCCUAAUAGGGUGUAUUCAAUGAUUUCCCAUGUUUCUGUAUUCAGCAAAAGAUAAACGCCGGCUCGUUCGUAACCUUCUGUUAGCCAUAUUAUAUGUCCCGGCAAGGGGAGGAGGGCUCUAUCCCGCUCCAAAUAAGCAGAAUACAGCUCUCCGCGCGCAUAGUUGAUGUGUAGGGUAUUAUCAGCUAAUGUCCAAUGAGGUCCGUACAUUUCCUGGUCUAGAUAGGGUAAAUGUCGUAGAGUAUCAAUUACAGUGUCGGUUUUGCCGCGACUGCGUAGUUCGGUUUCAUUGAUUUUUAUCCCCUGUUCUUCGUUGUUUUGCCAGCCUGUUGUUUGCGGUGGGAUCAUGAGUUUGUCGGCGGGGAUGUAAGGGAUUUGACUUAGUAGGGUGUAGAAGGAGAGGAUGGAGGAGAUGGCUCUUUCGCGGGUGCAGGGUUGUUUUUCUGCUGAGGUGGCCAUUUUUCUGCUUGAGGCCACAGGAACGUUUAAGUGAAUGAGGUC